AUGCCAGAGAAAGACGAGUUUCACUGUCUGGGCAAGGUGACACGAACUACUGUUGCUACCUUCAUUCCUCUGGUGCCUCGUCCUGUUCUAGAGUCCACUUCGCGUCCUGCAGGAACAGCCAAAGCACAAGUUCAGGCGAUCUGGUUUGAUGGUUCUGUCAAGGAAUGUGGUAGAGCCAAGAAAGGGACUCGUCUUAAGGACGGACUUGUCGACGUACUCAGUGCCACAGACAAUUACAAGCGUGGAUCUACUGGUGGUCAGACAUAUCUCUGGCCGUGGCGAUCCAAUGGUCGCCAGACCAAGCAGGUUAAAGAAGAAGCCAUGACACACUCGGUCACCGAGCUCUACCUGCAAGACAUCAUACCAACAUGCCGUACUUUCAUAUUAGACCUGAGUGUUCUCUGGUGCCAGAUACAACUUCUGACGCACACAUCUCCACAAGUUUAUCCUAUCAAAACUUGGGAGACGUCGGUGAAGUGUGUACCUGCAGAGAACAUGCAGAUGCGCGGCUUUCGGAUAGGGCUGGCUCUGGAGUUCCCAGAAUUUGUGCUGUCUUUUAAUUCGCGCGACAUGGUUCUACAGAUUUCAUGGGCUUCACUAUAUCACGAACUUCCUAUGCAUCAUAUCGACAUAUUGAAGGACUGGCCAGCAUACCAACAGUCUAUCGUCGAUUGGAUGAAGGAGCGUAGGUGGACGGUGAAUCGCAACGGAGUUCGUGCAGAGCAUCCUCGUGAGCGUGAAGGCCUUGCUUGCAAUGUAAUCCGUUCGCAUCGCAUGGUGUGGGGCGGUAUAGGCGUAUAUACCAUCGUCAACUACUUACACACGACAGGCAUUCCUGUCGACUGUACCGAAGAAGCCUUGUUCGAUUGUUUGUCCCGUACUCUUCGCUUUGCACUGGCUUCAUACGCUGGUUCGAUCAUCUGUGAAACUGAAAUAUGGCCUUACGUUCAGCGCUGCGUGAGACAGGGUAUUUUAGCACCUACCCAGCAACAACGUCUCAACUACCGGCAGUUCUUGCCUGUCUAUGCUCGGAACGAUACAUGGAUUUCUGCAAGAAUGGCGCAACUCGUUGAUGACUACAAGAGCAAGUACAUGACCUCCGAUCCCAUCGACCAGCACGAUGUUUUUGAGCCAACCUACUUAGCUCCAGCCUUUCAGCGCGACGACUCACUCAUCGGCGCUAUCUUCGGCGAUAUCUCUUCGCCUAGAGCACAGAACAACCCUCUUGUCCUGUAUUUCAUUGAAGAGGGGCUGGCCGAUGGUCCCACUUACCUGCAUCCAACAAUCUAUCAACCUGUUCUGCUUCCAUCUGCAUCCAUGAAGGCUAAGCGUCGCGUGACUUUUGCGUACAAAGGUCCUAAACAGCUCUGGAGUGUUAUUCCUAUCCACCCAGACAGCCUCUCAUACCAUAACCGCAUAUUCAGAAUCAAACCUCUUAUCGGCGAGAAGCGCCGGGUCAAGACGUUCAGCUAUAUCGUUGAAUGCACUCGCGACGUUGCCAUCGGCCCGCUGGAGUUCGAUGGACGAGGUAUUCCGUUGAGAAAUACGAAUGGGAAAUUUAUUGUCCUGGUGUCUGCUAGCGACCCAGAUCCCAAUAAGCCUAUCCACCUGGUCGAACGCCACCUUCGCUCCCUUGCUCAACGUGGACGACGGACCACCAGCCAGACCACAACUGUCACUUCCAUGUCUAAAGCAGAUCGAUCUACCCUUGAUCUCUCUUUCGCCGACGUUCGGGCUCUUCGAGACACCAUAGCGAACGCGAAUGAAGGCGAAGUCGAUGGUGAUUCGGAGAACGUAUAUGACUCGGAGUUAGAAAUGGAGGCAAGUGACGUAGACUCCGACUCUGAGGAUGAGUCAAGUGGUGGCACUUCGCAUGUCAUGCAGGCGGGCGUACCAUCCGUGGCUGGCAUUACUUCCUAUAGCAUGACUCAGAAGAAGGUGCCAAAGACUGGCAGGAGAGGUGUCGAUUCACUUAUUGCAUCACAGUCGUCUCUCGAGCCUCUGUCAAAGCGUCGUCGUAUUACUCGAGGCAUAUCAUAUGCUCCCAACCACCCCAACGAUCCUGAUCUCUUUGGUCCUGACUUUGACAGUUUUACUGAGGUAGAAGCUCGCACAAAGCUGAACAAUUGGACCAUGGUGCCGACAAUAGCGCUGUGUGGCCCCACGUGGCUGUUCGGCACUAUCCGGAGGGCAACCUCGCCCACAGCAGUCAGAGUCAAUGGGCUACCCAUCGUUAAAAUUAAGAUUAAACCAAAACUAGUUCAGUCAUAA